AUGGAGCUUCAACCUAGCCCUCCCUCCCCCCUCGAGACCCAACUUUCUUUCAGGGACUACAACCAGCUCACCCUUACGAGAAAUCCCAUCGCUCUGUCAGAUAUUGUCAGACACUUCAAUAGCCACGGUAUUCCCUGCGUGGCAUGGGGAGGCUCUGCCCUGGACCACUAUGGGAUCCGUAGCAGUUCCACCACAAUCCCUGGCCAUCAUAUUGUCGUCCCCGACGACGUGGCGGAGGAGGCAAAGGAGGUCCUUCUAACACACCCCUUUCUCCGCCCCUGCCCCCGGGAGGACGACGGGGGGUGCCCCGACGGUGGAUAUCAGGAUAAGAACCCUACUCUCCUCGCCCAUAGGCAUUACGGGCGCGGUCCAUACACUCUCAAGAUGUCUAGGCAGUCCGACGUCCUGUGGGCCUUGCCUCGGAUCCCUCGCGAGUUCGCCAAUCCUCGUGGGUUGACUUUGCCGGACGAGUACAUUUUUACGUACGACAAGUCGGCACUGCCUGCCCCGGUCCACUCCCGUUCAGGAGGCUGGCAGAGUCAGGAAAUCCAUCCCGUCAUUAUUCCUAGGUUUCACUGCUACGUUGAAUCGGUCAUGCGUGUCUUGGCCCGCCACAUGGGCUUUCCAUCAUCUUCGCACGCUGCGUUGGCUUUUGAGCUCUCCGCACGUGCCCUUGAACUGGGUCGGAAUGACGCGAAACUGAUGGAUCCGGUCUUCUACGACCUGUGGGUUAGAGCUCACCGCAUAGAGGGUCGUGACUUGCUCCCAUUGUACCAUGAGUUGACGGUGGCGCUGGGCGAGGUCUGGGACCUCAAUCGACCCCAUUUCCAGGGGCGCUUUUCCCCCCCUCUCAGUACUAAGAAGCUAGCGUAG